GAGAGAGAGAGAGAGAGAAUACAAAUAGACAAACAAAUAACACACACACACACACACACACACACACACACACACACACACACACACACACACACACACACACACACACACCAUGCACAGAUACAGACACACACCAGCCAACCUGUUUACCUGUUCAUCAGCAUGCAUGACCGUGAUUGUAUUAUUACCAACGUGUGCGUGGCUGCUGCGACCCUGGCCACGUACAGAAACAAAAACGUUUACUGGGGAGGAUAGCACCUUCAUCCCCCGAAAUCCCCAUCAACACUCCCCAAACAAGCAGGUCAGGCUUGGUCCUCUCUCUGGCAUCCCCCUCCUGUUGUUGGUGACCACGCAUGACCUCUCCUUGUUGCGCAGAUCAUUAGAAAGCAUCAGAACCACCACAGUUGACAGCGGCCUGCACCUCAUAGCUACCGUGGCAGACCCUUCACAGCCCGUCCUAGGAUCUCCUACACCAACACUCCUUCCAAGUCCACCACUACACCGCGGGACCGAAGUCGUGGCUGGGCCGAAUGCUCCCACAAAUCCCCUUGGCUGAGAAUCUCCAACGGGUCGCGCGCAAGCUCAAGAUCAAGAUUCCGGAGCGCGUUUGCAGGAAAGAUAUGAUUUCCAGGGGAGGUGAAAUUGCUUCACACUUACGCUAACGGCUUAAAAAUCAUAGUUUCUCGCCCUACAUUAGAUGAUAUGGCCAAAAAUAAGAGGAAGAUUAUGUAUAUUGAUAAUCCGUAUAACCCCCAUGCACCGCAGAGCUGUUCUUAAUGGUGGUGGCGGUGGUGGAGGGGAGUGUGAUGAGGUGGAACAAUUAAAAGAGGCGAUGGAAUAUGUGAUGCAGAUCUAUCCUGGAUUGAAAUAUUUACUCCUGCUGGAAACUGGGCUGUCCCUCUCACCAGAUUUCGUCAGCUUCUUCACCCAAGCACUUCCAGCACUACAAACAGAUCCAUCUCUUUAUUGCCUCUCCGCUGCCAGCCCGCUUUCCCUUCCCCUCCACCCCGGCAACGCUUCACGUCUCCACCGCGUUGACCAUUUUGUUGGGGGCGCCACCCUCCUCCCGCGCCGCCUGCUGGAGGAAAUUGUGCAGGAGUUUGUGGUGUAUGAAGAUGGGAUGCGGGGUGGUGGUGGUGGUGGUGAGGAGACAAGGAGAACAAGUAUGGAGUGGCUGACGGAGUGGCUGUCGUGGUGGGGGCGCAGGUACCGGCGUGGCUGCGCGGUGCCUGACGAGCCUAGAGUGUGUUCCCUGCACCACACACCAGCCCCGAACACACACCCCUGCUCUGCCCGCCCUACCCACGCCCUCGCCGCCACUGUGGAUAUCAGCAGGCUGCUUCACUACAAGUACAGCCAGGACGUGUACUGGGACAUCUCAGCAGCUGUGCCUCUGGGUGGUAGCGAGAUCAACUGUACCAAGCCUGACUUCUUCCCGCGCGUCAUGAAUGAAUCCAUUUAUAUAAUCUAUUUCAAAAUGGAGAAUUAUGAUGAUGAUUUUACCUUCCAUCACAUCAUGAAGUGCUUCGGCGUUGACCUGCCAAGAGCGGUGGGUUACUUUGAAGGGGUGUUCCAGUUCAUGUUUCGGGGCAAGAGAAUGCUACUGCUUGGGAUCCCUUAUUCCCGGUUCUCGCCCAGCAUCAAGAACCACAACGCUCUCAUUGUGGCGGACAUACCCAAGAGGUUCGUGCAUGGCCAGACAAACUACCUGAGGAACAGACACGUCGCCUUCUCCUUCAACACUGUGCUGGUGAUGCAGGGUAAAGUAUAACACACACACACACACACACACACACACACACACACACACACAUAGAGAGACAGGCACAAACACACACAGAUAGAUAGUAGAUAAGUAGAUAAACAAGCUGACACACACAUAGAUAACACACACACAGAUAGAUAGGUAGAUAGAUAAAUAGAUCACACACACACACACACACACACACACAUGUAGACGAACUGAGAGAGAGAGAGAGAGAGAGAGAGAGAGAGAGAGAGAGAGAGAGAGAGAGAGAGAGAGAGAGAGAGAGAGAGCAAAUGUACCAAGCUGGCAAUCCCACACACACACACACACACACACACACACACACACACACUCAGCCCCUGGUGGUGUAGAGAGACAGUCUCAUGGGUCACUGUACCACACCCAGGUCAGGCACACCACAGCUGGCCACACUCUUAAUGGAUACAAAAUGAAAUGGCCUUGAACCUUGAAGGGAAAUGUCAACUUGAUAAAUGUAUUGUAUGAUAUUUAAAAGGCAGAUCUGA